AUGUGCGCCUGGCGGAAGCUGCAGCAGCAGCGGCUGUUGGUGCUGCUCGGGCUGCUGCUCCUUUCGGGUGUCUUUGCUGCAGUGUCAGCAAAGGAGGCGUCUAAAGGGGGCGCAACAGAGGCAGCAGCUCCUGCUGCAGCGCAACGGGAGCAGCAGCCUGCAGCUGCGGAGAAGCAGCAGUCCACAGCAGCAGCAGCAGCAGCAGCAGCAAGCGACCUAGCAACAUGCAACAAGAAGCUCAUGUACGCGGAGCAGCGGGCGGAUAACGCGGAGAGCGACUUGCUAGCAUUUAGACAGAAACAUGAGGAGUCGCUUGCCGCCUGCACGAGUAAGCUGCAGCAGCAAACGCAGCAGCAGAACACGCAUCAACAGCAGCAAGCGGAGGCCUUGCGUACUCGGCUCAACGAGGAGCUUAAGGCAAAGUCAGAACUUGAGGCAGCACUGAGGAAGCAGCAGCAGCAGCAGCAGCAGUCUGCCACAGAGAUUGAAGACCUUGUUCGAGACUUAGAGAAGGCCCGUGCGGAGGUGCAGCACCACCAGCAGCAGCACCAGCAGCUGCGGGACCGCGUGCAGCGCAUGCAGCAGCAGCAGCAGCAGCAAGGCGGAGCUGCAGGUACAGUCGACAAGGCCAGGGAAGUAGCUUCUGAUCUUGCCCAAAUAUACAUGGCUGCUUUUGAUGUGGCUUCAUCAGCGGUGCCGCUGUCUGUGCGCGAUGCAGCGCAGCAGCAGGCAGCAGCAGCAACAGCAGCAGCAGGAGAGCAGCUCAGCAAGGUGUAUGUACACAUCGAGCCCUAUGUUGAGACAACCAAGGACUUAUACUUCACCUACAUCCACCCCCACGCCUCAGCAGCAACUGUUUGGGCUAUUAACACCGGCAGCAGCGCAGCAAGAAAGACAGCAGCAGCAGCAAAUGAGCAGCUUGACGCUAUCCUCGCUGCGGUGAGCCGCAGCAGGCGCAGCAACAAGAAAGUCUUUGCUGCAGACACUGCAGCAGCAGCAGCAGCAGCAACACCGGGCGGCAAGACGCCAAUGGGCCACCACCAGCGCUUCGGGAGGGAAGCUGCGCAGACACCCCAGCCUAUGCCUCCCCGCCCCUUCGAUUUGGAUAAGAGAAGGAAGUAA